AUGAAAAUUGAAAGACAAAAAAAUAUUUAUUUUAUAGAUCUAAAUCAGAAUCUGUUUAGAGGAUACAUUGAGACUUAUAUUAAUAAUAAAGAAGAUAUAUUUUUUAGAUAUAAAUUUUCUGCCUUAGAAAUAACAGAUAUUGCCGUAUUCCAAAAUGGGCAGCUUAUUACUGAUGCAUUAUUUACUAUUGAAUAUCUUAAAGAUAAAAUAGAUGAUAGAAAGCAUUUUCAGGCAGUUAAUUGUAAUUACCUUAAUAUUAAGUUACUUGAAAUUUAUAAAAAUAAAGAUUUAAAGAUUAAGAUAGAUUUUAAGAGUAAAGAAGAAAAUUCAGCUAUUUGUUUUUAUAAACCACUUACGGAUAAAGAUAAUCAUAAAGAGAUGGUAUGCAAUAAUAAAAAUAAUGAUAGUUCAGGAAUAUUUCCUAGUGUUGAUUCUGAUCAAAAAUAUAAAUGGGAGCUUAUUUAUGUGUAUUCAUCAUUAGAAGAACUUAAAAUUAUUUCUCCGGGAAUUUUGAGAUCUUUUGUUGAAGAAGACAAUUUGCUUAUAUCAUCUUAUUCAAUAGAAAACAGUUGUGCAAAUUUUAUUAAUUUUGCAAUAGGGACUUUUUCAAGGCAUGAAAUUUUUAAUGGGGAUGAUAAGAAAUUGAUAUUCUGCCCGUUGUAUAUGAAACAGUUAAAUGAAUCAAUUUUAGAAAUAAUUGAUGAUUUUUCUAACAUUAUUAAAUACGUAGAAUUUUUAUUACAGAUGUCAUAUCCUCUUGAAUCUUUAAGUGUUUUAUUUACAUUGAUAGAAACUGAUAUGAUACAUUCUUUAAAUGUCGCUAUUUAUAAUAUUUCACAUAUUUCUACUUUCAAUGACAUUGAACCUAAGUUUUUAAUCAAAAGAUUAAUUUCUAAUAUUAUUUCGUCACAGAUAUUUGAUUAUCAUGUUUAUUCUAGAGAUAAUACUGAUUAUUGGAUUUUUUGUGGACUUAAAGGAUAUCUUGAAGACUAUUGUGUCAGAAUUUUAUUGGGAAACAACGAAUUUUUGUUUCAAUAUAAAAUUGACAAGGAUUUUGUUUUAAAAAAUGAUAUUUAUGAAUUACCAUUGUGUGACGAGAAACGUGACCAAAUAUCUUAUAAAACAGAUUUUUUUAUUAAAAAAUCAAAACUUGUUUUUCACACACUAGAAAAUAAUCUUAGUAAAGCGUUUUUAGAAAAAAUUAUACGAUUUUUGAUAGAAAAAAAAGAUGAAGUUUUAGUGAAUUUUACACCGGAUUUUUUAUCUUUAAUUAAAGAUAUUACAGGGAAAGAUAUGAAAGAUUUUUUUGAAUUUUAUGUAUUUAAGCCUGGCUUAUUAAAAGUUAAUUUUAGAUAUAGCAUUGAUACAAAAAAAAAUAGAGUAGAUUUUAAGAUUGAACAAAGACCUACGAGUAAAAUUUUUAAUCAUAAUACCAAAGCUAUUGGAAAUAUUUCUAUAGCAUCAUAUGAAGUAGAAGGAUGUUUUGAUCAUGUUAUUAAUAUGCAAAAUUCUGAUCAUUUUUAUUAUCAUGUACGAACUAAGAAAAGGAAAAAAAUUGAAGAAGAGGAGGAUGAAAUAAUGCCUCUUUUAUGGAUGAGAAUGGAUCCAAAGAGAGAACAUCUAAUAGAUGGUUUUAUAGAACAACCUGAUUAUAUGUUUAUAGAACAAGUUUUAGAUAAAAAUGUUAUAGGACAGUUAGAAGCUUUAGACCAACUUUCUAAAAAUAUUUCGAUACAAAUUUGUGAAGUCUUAGAAAGAGUUUUAGAUAGUUCCCAUGUUUUUUAUAAAAUCAGAAUUAAGGUGAUGUAUAUUUUAUCAAAAAUCAAUAUUGACAAUUUUAUAGGGUUUCAAAGAUUAAUUCAAUUUUUUACAAAAAAAUAUUUUGUACAAUCAUCUACGAUUGUUAAACCCAAUGAAUUUUUGUUUGUAAAUUAUUUUCUACAGAAGCAUUGUGUAAAAGCUUUGUCUUAUACUAAUCCAUCAAUAAUAAAAGGCUAUAAUGGCCGGAAUGUAGCUUCUUUUUCUGUUAUUUGUUCAUUUAUAAUUAAUAUAUUAAAGUUUAAUGAUAAUUCUGCCAAUCUAUACAAUGAUUCAUGGUAUAUUGCCUCUGUAAUUGAAUGUCUUAGUAAACCUAUUUUAGCUUUACAACAUUUUGAAGAUUUAGAAAAUUAUAAUAGCAAGGAUACAUUUUCUGAGCAUUUAUCCAGUAAUGUUAUUGAAGAUAGCAAUACGAAUGAUUACAUUGUUAAUAAUAAAGGUACUGAUUUUCAGUAUGAUCUACAAGAAAAUAGUUCUGAUGAUCUUAAAGAAAUUUUUAAAGAAGAUGCAAUUGAUAAUUUUACAUUUAAUGAAGAAAAUGUAAAAAAAGAUAAAAAUUCUUUUAAAUUUAUUCAAGAGGCUUUAGAAGAAGUUGAACGAUACAGAAUUAUGGAUAUGAUAUUUUCAUCACAUAAAAAUAUUAUUACUGAAAGUAUAAUUUAUUUAUUGGGCAGAUUAAGCAUUUAUGGAUGUAUUACACUUACAAAAUUAGCUUUAAUUAAUUAUUCAAAAUAUCCCAAUUCCUUUAAAGUGAGAAAGGCUUCCUUUGUAAUGUUGACAUUCUUAUACAAUGAUGAUAUGGAGUGUUUAAAGUACUUGUUUGAUGUCAUUAAGUCUGAUAUUAUAGAUAUUAAAUUACUAAUUCUUAAUUCUUGGAUAAAUCUUUUAAGUAUAAAAAAUGAAGAAACAAAAAAAACAUUGUUUCCUUUCCAAUCAGAAUUCCAUUAUUUAUUAGAAUUAUACGCAUAUGAUUAUGAUUUUAAGUACAAAGUCUUUGAAAUUUUAGAUUUUUUAAACAACAAAAAUGUGUCUAUUAAUGAAUACAAUAAAAAAUUGAUAACACUGUGUGAAACUAAAUUUAAUAAGAAAUUUAUAAUUAGAAAACUUGAACAAGAAAAAAUUAUUACAACUCAAAAUCUAUUAAAAAUUAAAUUAAAAGAUUUUAAAAAGAUAAAAAGGCAGUUUUUAUUAGAUACUUAUUUAUUAAAACUAGCAAAACCUAAAAAGCGAGACUUGGAGAAAGAAGAAAUUAUUGAAGAACGGACAAAAAAAGAAAAUACGGCUGCUAUUCAAAAUGAAAUAAUAUUUUUAGGAACAUCUAAAAAAGAUGAUGUAAAAGUUUACAAUAAAUCAGAACUUAUUGUUGAACAGAAAAAUUCCAGACUGGAAGAUGUUAAUUUAGAAGAAAUGCUGAGAUUUGACGAGUUAAAUAACGAAUUAGACGAAAUUUAUCUAGAAUUUAAUAAAGUACCUAACGAACAAGUACAAAGUAUUAAUUAUUCGAGUAAUGAAAUGUCAAGUAUUAAUUUUUCAAAAAAUACAGAACAUUUUAAUCGAAUAGUUAAUUUUGAAAAUGAUUAUUUUAAUGAUAAAUCUUUGAAACAAACAAAUCUUACGAUAAAUAAAUUGUUUAAUGAUUUUAGGAAUCAAGUCUCUGAGAAUUCUCGCAGGACAGAUUCAAGCACAUUUAGUGGGACUUUUAAUUAUUUAGAAACCGAGUUUGAUGAUAAUUUUGAUAGUACAUCAAGGAAAAAUAAUACAAAAGAAACCUCAAUGGAUAGCUUUCCACAAAUUAGUUCACAAAAAGUUGAUUUAGAGAAAUUCUUAUUAAGUGAUAAUAGUGAAGAUGAAGAAAAGCAGGAUUCAUGUAAAACACAAAUACUAGAAGAACGUGAUUUUGAUAGAGAUUUUGUAGAUAUUGGAUUUAUACCUAUAAGAAAUAAUAUAACACAGUUUUCGUCGUCAUUUGAAUCACUUUUAUCCUCAUCUAACAAAUAUUCUAAUUUUUCGCCUUUGCAAAAAAAUGCCUUCCUAAAAAAUGAAGAAAGCAAUACUAUUCCUUUAAAAGAUUUUGCACAACCAAGAGAUAUUUUUGAAAACAGUAAGUUCGCCACUUCAUUUUUUGUUUCUGAAUCUUGUGCUGCCGAUAAACUUUCAAAAUCGACUCUUGAAGAUAGUUUGGAUAAUAGUACAUCACAGAUUAAAUCUUCAAAUGAAAAUCGUAAAGAAUAUUUUUUAAAUAGUGAUACAGAGUUUAUGCGCAUUAAAAAGAAAAAUUUAGAACCUUUAGAAGCAUUUGUUUAUAGGAUUGAUGAACUUACAUUGCGUUUUCCUAUACGAACCAAAAUUCGAUUACCAGCCUACAGAAAUUUUAUUAAAUUUGAAAAAGACACUGUAUUUAGAAAAAGAAGAAAUAAAUUUGAAGAGUUAAGUUCUCCUGAAUUUUACUCUUCAAAAAAGACAUCUUAUCAGAUAAAACAUAAUGAUCCGAUAACAAAAAAAUUAUUUUAUGGAACAAUUAAUAAUAUAUCAGUUAAACAAGUAAAUAAGGUUAUAUUUAAAAAUAAGAAUAAUAGCUUUUUUGAUUGGAGACCCAAAACUUUUAAAGAGAUAGAAACAUAUGUUUCUAGUGAGCAUAGAUAUAAGAAGAUUUGGCGAGAAAUGGAGAGAGCUUUAGUUUUUGCAUUGUCGUAUUCGCAAUAUGGAUCUCGCACGUUUAAUAUUGCAAAAAGAUUAUUUGACAUUUUUGAAGUUAAAAUUUAUGAAACUUAUCAGAUACCAAAAAUUGUUCAUCCUAUGUCGAGUAUUUUACAAAAUUAUUGUGUAGAUUUUUUAAAUAAUUUAUGUUUAAAUGAUAAAUUCUUUUCUUUUAUACGACCAGUUAAUAUUGAUGGUUUGGAUGCAUAUGUUGAUAUUGUUAGAUCUCCUAUGUGUUUGGACAUUGUACAAAAAAAGAUGAUGAAAUAUUUAACUAUAGAAUCAUUUUACGGUGAUAUUAAGCAAAUUUAUAAAAAUUGCGUAUAUUUCAAUCAAAACAAGGCAGAGAUAGUUCACAGUGCAAAGAAGUUACUAAAAAAAACUCAAGAUUUUGAUCAAUUUCUUGAAAAUUACAAAAAUAAAAUAAGUAGUGAUGAAUUUAUUAAAUUACUAUUACAAAGAUUUGAAGAUAGCAUAAAUUUUAUAGAUAUUUUGAGAAAAUAUGACAAUAGGCAAAUAGUUACAUUUAAAGAACUAAUUGAUGAAGUAAGAAAUAUUAAAAGUAAUAGUAUGAGAAAGUUUAUAUCACAACAGGAGUUACAGAGAGAAAUGGAGAUAUUUGAAGAUCAAAUAUAUCAUGCGUUUAGUGUUUAUGGUGAGAAGGUGUAUUCAUGGGAUAUUUAUAAUUAA